GCCUGUACAAACUGCAGUUUCACAAUGUCAAACCUGAAUGUCUAGAGGCCUACAACAAGCUCUGUCAAGAGGUGCUGCCAAAGAUUCAUGAAGAAAAACACUACCCUUGUGCUCUGGUGGGGACUUGGAACACGUGGUACGGAGAGCAGGAUCAGGCUGUUCAUUUGUGGAGAUAUGAGGGAGGUUACCCAGCUCUCAAUGAGGUCAUGAGCAAACUUCGUCAAAAUAAGGAAUUCACAGAAUUCCGGAAGGAGAGGGGUAACAUGCUGCUGUCCCGCAAGAACCAGCUCCUGCUGGAGUUCAGCUUCUGGAAUGAACCAGUUCCCAGAGAUGGCCCCAAUAUUUAUGAACUGAGGUCCUACCAACUCAGACCUGGAACAAUGAUUGAAUGGGGCAAUUACUGGGCCCGUGCCAUUCGGUUCCGACAGGACAGCAAUGAAGCCGUUGGGGGAUUUUUCUCCCAGAUUGGGCAGCUCUACAUGGUCCAUCACCUCUGGGCUUACAAAGACCUGCAAACCAGGGAAGAUAUAAGGAAUGCAGCGUGGCAUAAACCUGGCUGGGAUGAACUGGUUUAUUACACAGUGCCCCUUAUUCAGGAGAUGGAGUCCAGAAUCAUGAUACCCUUGAAGAUUUCUCCACUUCAGUAAAGUCACUGAUUUUCUUGUGCCUACAUAGAUAAAGUGACAAGUAUUUGUCUUAAUUUAUGGUAUACACUGUAUAUCAUAGUCUGAAAUAUAAAAGUACUGUAUUGAGCUUAUAAAAGAGACCUCUUUUCUUCAGAACCCACCACCUUCUGCUCUUAGGGGGAAAAAUAAAACACAACAAGAAGACUGUGAUUAAAAGGUUGGUGAAUUGGAAACAAGUGCAGAUGUGUGGUUCAGGUCCCCAGGGAAUGUGUGACCUGCAGGAAUUGGCAUCUCCUGCCCCACAGGCAGUGCCCAGAGCUCAGGAGCAUUUAAUGCACACAGCAAACGUGGCAGCGAAAUGAGAGAAAGCUCUGGAGAAAUGAGAAUUUCAUUUCGAGUUGUGAAAGCAGCAGCUCUGGGGGUGCUGUGAAAUCACCCCUGGCUGGUGGAGCAGGGCUGAAAGGAGCAAAUCUGCAUUUCCAGGCAUUGAUUUGGGACAAUGCUCUGUGGCAGGGCAGGGGUUGGGACAGCAGGGUCUGUGGGCACACAUCCCUGUGAGCACACAUCCCUGUGAGCACACAUCCCUGUGAGCACACAUCCCUGUGAGCACACAUCCCUGUGCAGCCCCCCCAGAAUGGAUCCCAGGCAGGGUGAGCCCCAUUUCCCCACAGACACUGCCUGAACACCCUGCAGGGAACCCCACAGCAUUUCCCUCCCCAAAAACAGCUCCAAACUCUGGGAAAAAGGGGUUGAAUUUCAUAAGCAGAGCUGGUUCAGCCUCACAGCGGGGCUGGGUUGGUGUGUGAAGCUGGGCUUGGCAUUUCUGUGUCCCAUGGUGUCCAGUUCUGUUUUGGUUUCACUUUUAGGCUAGAAUGUAUCCACACUUUUUGGUGUCUGCAACGAUGUGAGCAUCCUGUAAGUGACAAUAAUAUUCUCUCUCUCUCUCUCAAGUGGCUCCAAGAAUCAGUGUAACAUACUGAAUGUACAAAUCAGUUCUGAAUGUCCAGUUUGUACAUUUCAAGAAGUUUUCAGGAAGAACAUAUCAGUCAAUAAAAACCUUUUAAUUUUCA